GACUAGUUUAUAAAACAUACUUUGCACAUAUAAAAAACUUUGUGUUUGAGGAUGUGAUGAUACUUACAGGCAAUCAUGAAUUAAGCCUUACAAGCAGUCAGAGGAGAACUGAUAACAAAUAUGUCACAGCUAAAAAUAUGUACCCAAGACAACCUGACAUUCUGGAAACUGGAAUCAAAGUGUCACAGGUUUCAACAAAGACACAAAAACCAGUGGCCAGUUCUGUACAUGACUGGUGAACGCCAUUUGGAAGCUGCUCCAUCACCGCGUUUCCCAUGACCGCCCUGUACACCGCACACCACCCUGCCCCAUGCUUGCCGCUGUGGGCAGUUACAGGCAAAGCUUGUGCUGAAAUGCAAAGCUGUGACUCAAGUUGCCAUGCUAUCUUUAGCUUUAAAUUGAAAAAAAACCCCUAAUGCUUACGGCAGCAAUCCAGAGCUUGAGCAAAAUUUGAAGCUGGCUCAAUAUGCCCAUAUGGGUGCAAUCACAGCUUUCAGGUAGGUAUGUUUACAGUCACCUCAAAACCCCAGAUCAGCCCUUCCAGACCGUCUUCACCCCUACUAUAAGGAGUUGUCCUUUCUAGCCCACAUUCAGAUAAAUCAGUGCCACUAGACUUCUGAUGUUAAGUCGCUGUAAAGACUUUGACGUUUGGUUGCAAACCGGAUCAACUGAAGAGUUGUUUGCCAGCACUUUAAGAAUCCCAGCCUUCUUUUUUCAGUUGCAUGAACUUUUUCUGCUGUGAACUUAACCUGUCACAAUUUUCUUUCACUGCACAUAUUUGCUGAUGCCAGAAGCUCCGGCAGAAAGAGUUCACAAAUCAAGCCUUUGGCAGGUUGCAGGCUGGGUCUCAUUCUCACCUACACCUCGGUGCCUCGGGGGACGCACUGUCUUCUCCAGCUGAACCGCACAGGUAUGCCUUUGCUUGCUUCCCUCAGCCGGCUGUGCUCAUUUCCAGCUGAAACACUUGGCUGUCUGAAACCCAGGUAAGACCUCUUCAGUAUUUAAUUUUCCUGCUAAGCAUGGAACUAAAGUAUGUUGCAGUUUUGCCGGUCCUUGUUUCUCUGUUAAAGUGAGUCACGUUUAAAGAGUAUCACUGGUGUUGAACGUCAUGGUGUUAGACAGGGUAGGGACUGAGACAUAGAACUUCCAAGAUUACUCUUAACGUGGAUACCUAUAUUUUACUGCAGUGCUGUUGCAGUUUAAGUCAUUUCUGAGCCAGUCCAUCAUUCUGACAGAGUAUAAAAUUUAAAGUCCAACUCAGCAGGAAAAUGUUUGCUCGGUUUUGCCUCAGACACCGGCUCUGCUGCCAGCUCUCUCUGUAUCCAGGGAGCCAGGCGCAGCUGAACGGAUGCUCUCCAGCAUCGUCUCACUGUCACACGCCAGGCUUUCUGUGGUCGUGGCAGGUGAGAAGAGCUGAAGCAGCACGAAGUGCUGGUGGCCCUUGAUAUCUUUCCCUGCCUGUGGUUGCUGAAAUAGCUGUGUAGAUAUGGCUGUUGUGUCAUGUGCUGUAUAGAGCUGCAUGAACCAAGCCUAUGUGGAGCCUGUAACAUCUGAAAUGCUUUGAAUGCCUUUGCUUUGUUCCCCCUGCUCUGAGGGGGGUUAUUUCAUCUUAGCUCAUUCAGCACAGCGACGGCUGUUUGAAGGUGAGGAACAAGAACAGAGCUGAGAAGGGGCACUUUGGGCACGCUCAUGUGGGAAUGCCCCAGCAGCUGGAGCUGCAUCAGGGUGUGCUGGCCCCGCUGGUGCCUAUAGAUGGAGAAAGAGAUGGAAGGCACAACGAUGCGGGGCAGGCUGCAGUUUGGGAGCUCUACUUGGUGGCAGGAUUGGGUUGUCUUUUAUACCCAUGGGUGCCUUCUGUUUUUCCAGCAGAGGUUUUGUGUUGGCAAGUCUUAUUUUCCUCCAGGUGAAUAGGAAGAGGAAGGAUGUGAAGUAAAUGCCACAGUGAACCUUCCUUGGGUUCACUCUGAAGUUCCCCUGUACGCAUCUUUUGCAUUGAUGCUGACAUUGCCUGUUUUUCCUCACCACACUUUAAGAUGCAGUUAUAAUUUUGUCUCUGCCAAAAUUCAUAGCACCUGACUUCAGGCAUUUCUCUCUGGCGUCUUUGUUAGGACAUCGAUCUUUGUUUUAAGUCAAUGCAAGAAACAUGAACCUCCAGAGGAGUUAUAUCUCUGCAAACAGCCCUGCUGAAUUUAGUUAGGAUUAAAUAGCUUGUAUUCAAAUACUACAAUAUUUUUCCUGAUAGCAUUUUGUUUUUACUUUAAGUGUGAAUAUGUUUUUUAUGGUCUUCUCUGAAAGCACUUGUGAGGUGUCCCUUUGCUUUCAUCCCAAUUUCAGCACUGAAAAUUUUCAGGAGAAAUUAUUGCUAAAACAAAAUCAAACCCAGAGUUUCCUUUUAACCUUUAUAUUUUUGUUAUGGCUCUGUCACUUUACUAAAGGCUAGUUCUGAGUAAGCCUAUGUGCAAGGGGUGCCUGGGUGAGGCAGAACACUGGAUGAACCACCAGUUCUUCUCUUGCAGUGGCACCAGUUUGAGUUUCACAGGGAGGCAUGAGGCUGGGGCUGGCCAUCCUGUUACACCUCUCGCUGAUAAGACUCCAGCAUGCACAGGAUGACUGUGAUGCUGGGUCUUGCCACCCGGCCGUUGGGGACCUCCUCCUGGGUCGCAGCAAGCAAUUAACGGCCUCAUCAACCUGUGGAAUGAAUGGCCCUCAGAAGUACUGCAUUAUCAGCUACCUAGAGGCUGAACAGAAGUGCUUUCUCUGUGAUUCCAGAUACCCAUAUAAUCCCUAUACACAGCACAACAGUCACAUGAUUGAAAAUGUUAUCACAACUUUUGAGCCCGAUAGGAGAAAAAAGUGGUGGCAGUCAGAAAAUGGUGUUGACCAUGUCAGCAUUAGAUUGGACCUAGAAACUUUAUUCCAGUUCAGCCAUCUUAUCCUGACUUUUAAGACAUUUCGGCCUGCAGCAAUGCUGGUUGAGCGCUCCACUGACUUUGGUCAGACCUGGAAAGCAUUCAGAUAUUUUGCACAGGACUGUGCAGCUUCUUUUCCCAACAUCUCUUCUGGUCCAGCAACAAAUGUGGGAGACGUCAUUUGUGAUUCAAGAUAUUCAGACAUCGAGCCCUCCACUGAAGGCGAGGUUGUUUUAAAAGCUUUGGACCCCAGCUUUGAAAUAGGAAAUCCAUAUGUGCCAUAUAUCCAAGAGCUCAUUAUGUUGACAAACCUAAGGAUCAAUUUUACUAAACUCCACACCCUUGGCGAUGCUCUUCUUGGAAGAAGACACAGUGAUCCCCUCGAGAAGUACUACUAUGCUGUCUAUGAGAUGGUUGUGCGGGGCAGCUGCUUUUGCAAUGGCCAUGCCAGCCAGUGUGAUCCUGUGCAGAAGCUGCGGGGAGAUGUUUUCCAUCAGUCUGGGAUGGUCCACGGGAGAUGUAUCUGCCACCAUAACACCGAAGGUUUGUCCUGUGAAAGAUGUAAAGAUUUCUACAAUGAUGCUCCCUGGAGGCCAGCUGAAGGGACACAAGAUAAUGCUUGCAAACGAUGUAACUGCAACGGCCACUCUGGCAGAUGCCACUUUGACAUGGCUGUGUACCAGGCCAGUGGUGGGGUCAGCGGUGGUGUUUGUGAGGACUGUCAGGACAACACCACGGGGCAACACUGUGACCAGUGUAAACGUUUCUUUUACCAGGAUCCACUCAAAGUCAUCUCAGACCCUCACGCAUGCCUCCCCUGCAAGUGUCACCCAGAAGGUACGUUGCACAACGGCAUGUGCAACAGCCACACAAAUCCUGCUCUGGGAACAGUCGCCGGCCAGUGCCCUUGCAAGGAGAAUGUGGAGGGGGUUCGCUGUGACAAGUGCAGGGCAAACUACUAUGGGCUGAGUGGCAGUGACCCUCUGGGCUGCCAGCCCUGCAACUGCGAUCCCUCCGGCAGUUUACCUUUCUCCAUCUGUGAUCCUGCCACCGGAGAAUGCCUCUGCCAGCGGUUUGCCACAGGGCGACGCUGUGAAAAAUGCUUCGUGGGAUACUGGGGUCUUGGCAACAGCUUGUAUGGCUGUUCUCCAUGUGACUGUGAUAUUGGUGGAUCCCAGAACAACUUGUGCUCACCAAAGGAUGGUCAGUGCAAGUGUCUUCCCAACAUCGUGAGCCGCCAGUGUAACGAGCCAGCCCCAGGCUACUUCUUUUUACCCCUGGACUGUUAUAUUUAUGAAGCUGAGCAUGCAAAGCCCCUUUCUGGCUCUGCACCCUUGGUUAAACCAAGCACUCUUCCAAGGUGUGACAUCUACUUCCAGAAGCAAGGCUAUGAGUUCAUGAUUGAAAAUGGAAAGAUUGUGUUAAACAGGAGCAAGAAACGAAGCAUAAGAAAAUCUGGACUGGAACAGGGUGCAAUGCAGUUUGGACAGGACUCGGCUGUGGCGGUGGUUUUCAGGCAGCCCAGCACCAGUCGGUCUGUCACAUGGACGGGACCUGGCUUUGCCCACGUUCCCAGCGGAGCUGGGCUGAGAUUUGCUGUCAACAAUGUUCCCUUUGCUAUGGACUUUUAUAUCAUGAUUCGUUAUGAGCCUGAGUCCUUGGAAGACUGGUUAGCAAGUGUUACCAUCCAGCCCGCUGGUAUUUUGUCAAGUCAACACUGCAAAAACAAAGGCAUUUCACAGGAGCCACAUGCAUUGCCUUUGCCAGCUAUAAAGAGGAUUGCACUUCUGCAAACUCCAGUCUGCCUGGAGCCGGGAACAGAAUAUUCUGUGGAUGUGUAUUUUUCUCAGCCCUCUGACCCAAAAGUGAAAUCAUUCAUCUUGAUUGACUCACUUGGACUUAUUCCCAGAAUCGGCUCUGUGGAGAACUUGUGCAGUGAAAAGGAUUUAGAUGAGUACCAGAAGUAUCACUGUAUUGAAAUUGCAUCAGAAGUUGGACCUCACGUCCUGCCUGAAGCGUGCGCACGGCUCAUAGUGAGCAUGUCAGCCCGUAUUCACAACGGUGCCGUCGCGUGUAAGUGCAAUCCCCAAGGGUCACUGAACACCAACUGCAGUAAACUGGGGGGCCAGUGUCAGUGCAAAGCCAACGUCGUGGGACGUUGCUGCGACACCUGCUCUGCAGGCAGCUAUGGCUUUGGUUUCCACGGCUGCUACGCAUGCGAGUGCCACCCGCAAGGCUCGCUCAGCACGCUGUGUGACCAGGUGACGGGGCAGUGCUCCUGCCGCCGGGAGGUGGAUGGUCAGCGCUGCAGCCGAUGUCUGGCUGGGUAUUUUGGAUUUCCCCACUGCCGCCCUUGCCACUGUAAUGGCUACGCAGAGCUUUGCGACCCGGUCACUGGAGCAUGCCUGAACUGCCGUGGGUUUACGGCUGGAAGCCACUGUGAAAGGUGUGUGGACAGCUAUUAUGGAAACCCUCUGAACGGAGAACCCUGCCACCCAUGCAUGUGCCCAGGGGCGCCUACAAGCAAUAGGUAUUUUGCACGUUCCUGUUACCAGGACUCCCAGUCUGCACAACUUGUCUGCAAUUGUCUCGAGGGAUAUUCAGGCAGUCGGUGUGAUGAGUGUCCUAGUGGGUUCUACAAAAACCCAGGCAGCCCCGGGCUUGACUGUGCGCCAUGUCCCUGCAAUAACAACAUUGAUGUGACAGACCCAGAGUCCUGUAACAGGGUCACUGGGGAAUGCACCAAGUGUUUACACAACACCCAUGGAACAAACUGCCAGUUCUGCAAACCAGGGUAUUUUGGCUCAGCCCUCCAUCAAAACUGUCAAAGGUGCAUGUGCAAUCCGGUGGGUGUUCACCCUGCCAUGUGCCCAGGGGGAGAUGCAGCCUGUCUGUGUGACCCAGCCACGGGAGCUUGCCCUUGCCUGUCCAACGUGGUGGGCGCGCCGUGCAACCAGUGUGCCUCUGGCUACUGGGACCUGGCUAGUGGAAAAGGAUGUCAGCUCUGUGACUGUGAUCCAAAAAACUCCCAAAGCAACCAGUGCGACCAGCUUACAGGCCAGUGUCCAUGUAAACUAGGUUACAGUGGAAGAUGUUGCGAUGAAUGUGAGGAAAAUUACUUUGGCAAUCCCCGGACGCAUUGCAUUUCAUGCGAGUGUAACCCGGAGGGAACCAGCCAGCCCAAGUGUGACAAAGCCACUGGCGUGUGUAACUGCCGUGCUGGUGUCACCGGCCGGUUCUGCGACCAGUGCGGCCGCGGCUUUGAGAAAGACUUCCCCUCUUGCCGUCAGUGUCAUCUUUGUUUUGAUCAGUGGGACACUGAAAUUAUUGCUCUUGCUCAGACUGUUCAGGGGUUAAUGAGGUUUGCUGCAAAUCUUGAAGAUAAAGGAGGACAAAUGCCCAUCUGUGACAUGCGCUUCAAAGCCUUUGAAGAUGCCAUUUCUGAAAUUGAAAGAAUUUUGAGACAUCCUGUUCUUUCACUGGAGGCCCUCUCAGGCAUCAAGGAUUUUCAGAGCUACGUUCAACGAAAAGUUGCACAAAUGGAUCCCCUUCACAGCAUGCUGUAUGAGUUUCCUGACCUUAACAAGAACAUAGAAGACAUUGGGGAAGAAGCUGACCUAGUGUAUGAACUUCUACAACAGAAAAUACAUCUGCAUCAAAGUUUUCAUUACUUGAAUGUCAAAGAGGCCAUCAGCAACAUUAGAAAACAAUUUGAAGUAUCAUUGCUGGCAGAACAGAAGACCAGUGGGACAACCCCUACCGUAAGAUACUUACAGUACACCAGGAACCACAUGCUUGCUAUGUUGGGCAACCAGGUCUUGAAAGCAAGCAGUGUGCUGGAACAGCUCAAGAGGAUCAAAAGCCCCGACAUCCAAAACUUGAAUGAAAAGAUCUGUGGUGUGUCAGGAGACCAGCCCUGUGUCACACCAGCCUGCGGGGGAGCUUUGUGCCGGGACAGUCACAGACUCAGGCAGUGUGGUGGCCCAAACUGCAGCGGAGCUCUUUCUCUCUCCACUGAUGCCUUCAGGAAAGCUGAGGAGACUGCUGUGUUGCUAAAUAACUUGACUACUCAGCUACAGGAACCUGAGAAUCAGGUUGAAAGUGUUAGAAAAAUGGCAGACGACAGCAAAUUGAAAGGCUCACAAUUUAAUGAGCAACUGGAGAGGGCUAAGAAUCAAACUGAAGUUGAUGGAGAGAUCACUAAGGAGUUCAUCCGAAAAGUGAAAGACUUCUUGUUAGAUGAGAGCGCACCACCAGAAGACAUUGAGAAGGUGGCAAAUUAUGUUCUGCAAAUAAACCUUCCCCUGACUCGAGAGCUCACAGGCAUGCUUGGCAAAAUCAGGAGCAUUAUGAACCACUGUGAGAAGUACAAACUGAAUGCAAAUAAGAGAAACAGAAAAAGGGAGGAAGCUCGGACACUGCUGGUGGAGGCACAAGAAGCCAACAAAGCAGCUAAGGCUCUUCCGCCUGUGGAUGAAAUUAAUAAUAAACUAAAAAAUGUUGUGAAGUCCCAAGGGCACUCCAAAAACACCUUCAUAAAGUUAAAUGAAGAGAUACAAGGCAUCAGAACACAAAUCUCACAGGCUGAGAACCAAGCGAACAAGACAAACGAUGAACUAAAUGGCUUGUCGGCAAAACAGUCUGAGAUGGAAAAUGAAAUUGCCACAUUGCAGGCAAAAAUGCUGAUGAACAAGAAUCAAGCUACAAAGGCAAGAGCAGGGGCAGAAGCAGCACACAAGCGAGCCCAGAAUAUUGAUAACGAAUUUGCUGACAUUAAAAGAAAGUAUGCUAUUCUGCAAGAAAAGCUAAAAGCCCAAGGACCUCCAAAAGUAACACUAGAAAAAGUGAAGCAGCUGAAAGAAGCAGCAGAAAAACUGGCUGAAGAGACUGAAAAAAAAAUUAAAAGAAUAACAGAUUUGGAGAAGAAGCUUCAGGACCUGAAUCAAACCAAACAAGACAAGGCAGAGCAACUGAGACAACUAGAGCAACAAGUGAUAGCCAUUAAAAAUGAAAUCACGGGGCAGGAAAGCAAGUAUGCAACAUGCAAAAGUUAG